AUGGCCGUCCGACUGGAGAAGUUACUCAACUCGAGUGCCUUCGUCUUCCUCUCCGCGAUCCUGUUCUGCCUCAUCCUGCUCACCCCAGCCGACGCCAUCUACCAAUGCUACGUGACGAAGCGCUUGGAAAACAUCUUCUUCAUUACGGGCGCAUAUGUCAUCACCUUCGCUCUAGCAGUGUUGAUCUAUGCGACACGGAUCUACACCAAUCGCAACACGCUGACCGGCAUCCCCAAGGCCUGGAUCCCUGUUGAAAAGGAAGAUGUGAGCAAGAGCGUGCGCCGGCUGGUCAUGGAGGGUUUGGCGCGCAGCUCCGUCAUCUCCUACCAGGCCCGUCCGCGCGACACCUCAAGCGACGAGGACAGCUUUGCCAAUUACAAACCGCUCGUCAUCGACUCCAAACACCCGCCGUGGGGAGCCAUCGAGCACCCGGGCUGGUCGUCGCCUGCAUCGCCGGACUUGCCCGAUCUGCCCUACCACACCGUCAUCCGGGAACUGCCCAACUUAAUCGAAGCUAAAGCCGUCUCGCUUGCCCCGGCCGAUAUGGUCCACGACAACCCUGAGCUCUUCGGCCCGUCCUCAUCCAUUGGCAACCAGUCGAUCCCAGACACGCGCGUGGUCGAGGCGCUACAACGGCCUGCUUCGUUGGGUCUGCGCGAAUAUAUCCACCACCUGACCGCUCUGCAAAUAAUUCAACCGGAUCUGGGCGCAGAGUUCCUGAGACUUUAUGAGCGCGCGCGCUUCUCGUCGCGCGCUCUGCACGAGACCGAGUUCCGCGACCUGAUGCAUACCUUCGCCGAGGUCUUGAGGGGCAUGACGCCUCUGGAGCCGCCUAUGCUGGACGAAAUCCGCGAUAGCGUCAGCUAUCGACGCCCAGGGAGCGAGUCCGUAAUUGGACCGUCGGAUGAGGAAGGAUAUACGGAUACUGUUAAUCAUAAUGGGUACGAUGGCGCCUAUGGGUCUAUGCGAAGUGACAGUCUCCGGUCGUCCAAUGCUUCUACUUGGGAUACCCGGUCGCAAUCUCGAUAUGAAACCGCGCAGGCUGUCAACACGCCUGCGUCGGUUGCGUCGCCGUCGAGAGGCUCAUUCAGGCCCCCGGCUCUUCCGCUCACGCCGUCGUCGCGCUCGCUUCGUCGGGUGCAGUCGGGUCAGUCGGGCAGCUCGGGAGGUAGCGUGGUUCGACUAGCUCAACCCCGAGUCUCAGCUGAUCUGCCGUACACCAUUGACUUCCGCCGAAAUGGAUGA